AUGAUGCUGCGUAGAAUAUUGGCUGCUGCAGCCUUGGUCACCAACGUGGUUGCGUUUUCGUCUACUCUAGGGAUGAUCAAUGCCCCCAUCAUACCCAAGUAUCUGGACAAUCCAAAAACUCCUGGCUCCAAUCCCUGGCAGCACAAGACUGCAGAUCAGGUCAAUCCCAAUGAUAUUCCAUAUACAGGAGUGGUACGAAGGUACCAUUUCACUAUCGGAAGGGCCACGAUUGCUCCAGAUGGAGUAGAUCGACCAGUAAUUCUUGUCAAUGGCCAAUUCCCUGGUCCAACUAUUGAGGCCAAUUGGGGAGAUACCAUACAGGUUACUGUCAAAAAUGAAAUCUUAGAUCCUGCUGAAGGAACGGCGAUUCAUUGGCAUGGACUGCGUAUGCUAGAAACUCAGUGGAUGGAUGGGGUUCCUUCUACUGUGCAGUGUCCUAUCACUCCCGGAAAGUCGUUCACCUAUGAGUUCACAGCCGACGCGUAUGGGUCAACCUUUUGGCAUUCUCAUUAUGGUGCUCAGUACUCGGCAGGUACUUUCGGACCAAUAAUUAUCCAUGGACCCGAACAUGCUCAGUACGACAUAGACCUGGGCCCUGUCUUCUUGUCGGACUGGUAUCAUGCGGAUUAUGUUGAGGUAGUGCAAAGUGUCGUGGGACUUCCUGCACCGACAACUCAAGCCUACUCAGACAACAAUCUCAUCAAUGGCCGCAUGCCAUUCGACUGCAGCAACCCUAACAUCACCACCAACCAUCUGACCUGCUCGUCUAAUGCCACAUAUUCCAAAUUUCAAUUUACCAAGGGAAAGACUUACCGACUGCGGGUCAUGAAUGUCAGCAGCCAAGGUUUCCAGCGCUUCUCUAUAGAUAACAUGAACAUGACAGUGAUUGCGAACGAUUUCAUCCCCAUUGUACCUUACGAGACAGAUGUGCUCAGCAUUGGCAUUGGGCAGCGCGCUGAUAUACUGAUCCACGCGACUGGUGACUCGACCGAUGCUGUUUGGAUGCGCUCAGACGUUAGUGAAAAGUGUUCCGUCAGUUACCAGGGACAUGCGAAAGCGGCCAUAUACUAUGAGGAUGCCGACCUGACCCAGCUACCAAAUACGACCGCCACACAGUAUGACGACUCAUACUGCGGAAAUGUCCCGCUCAAUGUUACCACGCCAGUAUAUGCGAUGGACCCGCCCUCAGAUCCCGCCACCACACAACGCUUGGAUAUUCGAUUCUUGACCAAUUCCACAGGCAACAGACUCUGGUAUGUAAAUAACAACACAUUUCGUGCCAACUACGAACACCCCAUCCUCCUCCUGGCCAAAGCUGGAAAUGUCUCGUACCCAAAUCCGGAUUGCCAACAUCCAAUGCAUCUCCACGGCCACAACUACUGGAUUGUAGCAGAGGGUUUGGGUGAGUGGGACGGAGUAGCCAACCUAAAGAAUCCCAUGCGUCGAGACACUUUUGUCUUACAGCCCGGGGACCCCAUCAAGGGAGCGUCAUACAUGGUGAUGGAUUUUGUGACCGACAACCCAGGAGUUUGGCCAUUGCAUUGCCAUUUGGCAUGGCACGAACACCCAGAGAAGAUCAGAAAUCUGCAGAUUCCUUCUGAUGUCUAUCAGACUUGUCAUGAUUGGGCCAACUAUAAGGGUGUGGAUUUGGUCCCCGAAAUUGAUUCGGGAGUCUAA